AUGUCUGAUUUCCAACUCCCCGAGGGCCAUUUCCUCUUCACCUCUGAGUCUGUUGGUGAGGGCCACCCCGACAAGAUCUGUGACCAGGUCUCAGACGCAAUUCUGGAUGCGUGUCUGCAGCAGGACCCCAUGUCCAAGGUCGCAUGCGAGACUGCGUGCAAGACCGGCCUCAUCCUCGUUUUUGGCGAGAUCACUACCAAGGCGAGCAUUGACUACCAAAAAGUGAUCCGCGAAGCAAUCAAGGAGAUUGGCUAUGACAGCAGCGACAAAGGGUUUGACUACAAGACGUGCAACGUCAUGGUCGCCAUCGAGCAGCAGUCGCCUGAUAUCGCCCAGGGUCUCGACCACGGAGACCUCGAGUCGCACGGUGCGGGUGACCAGGGUAUCAUGUUUGGCUAUGCGUCCGAUGAGACGCCCGAGUUUAUGCCAAUGACGAUUUCCCUCGCACACAAGCUCAACCAUGCACUCGCCGAUGCGCGCCGCAAUGGCAGCCUGCCUUGGCUGCGCCCCGACACCAAGACCCAAGUCACGAUUGAGUACAAGAAAGACGGCGGUGCUGUCGUGCCGCUCCGUGUCGAUACGGUUGUCAUUUCUACCCAGCACUCGGACGACGUCUCGACCGAAGAGCUGCGCAGCAAGCUGCAGUCGGACAUUAUCGAGAAGGUCAUUCCUGCGAACAUGCGCGACGAGCGCACCGUCUACCACCUCCAGCCCUCGGGCCGGUUCGUGAUUGGUGGGCCACAGGGCGAUGCCGGUCUUACCGGCCGCAAAAUUAUCGUCGACUCGUACGGCGGUUGGGGCGCACACGGAGGUGGUGCGUUUAGCGGCAAAGACUUUAGCAAGGUCGACCGCUCUGCCGCGUACACUGCGCGCUGGAUUGCCAAGUCCAUUGUCGCUGCUGGCCUCGCCCGCCGUGUGCUGGUGCAGCUCUCGUACGCAAUCGGUGUUGCAGAGCCGCUCUCUGUCUUUGUCGACUCGUACGGCAGCGGCUCCAAGUCGGAUGCCGAGCUGGUCGAUGUCGUGCGCAAAAACUUUAACCUGAAGCCGGGUGUGAUUGUGCGCGACUUGGAUCUGCAGAAGCCGAUUUACCGCCAGACCGCCUUUGGCGGUCACUUUGGCCGUCCCGAAUUCACCUGGGAGCACCCCAAGCCACUCAAGUUCUAA